AUGGAGAUGGAGAUUGCCCUCAUCAAUGACAAAAAGACGUCUGAAUUGGAGGAAGUCUUCAAGAAAAUCAAGGAACAGCAGAUAGAAUUAGAAAAUAUGGAAACAGACAAAUAUAAAUGGAAACAGAACCAAAUGGACAUGGAGGAGAAGAUGGAGGGUGAGCACAACAAACAGAAAGAGAGGAAGAAAGAGAGAGGGAGAAAGAGAGACAGAGAGAGAUCAAAAGGAAGAGAAUGGAGAAGAGACAGAAAAUUAUGGAAAGAGAAGAAGAGAGACAGAGAGAGAUUGAAAGAGAGAUUGAAGAACAAAGAUAGAGACAGAGAGAGAUCAAAAGGAAGAGAAUGGAGAAGAGACAGAAAAUUAUGGAAAGAGAAGAAGAGAGACAGAGAGAGAUUGAAAGAGAGAUUGAAGAAGAAAGAUAGACAGAAACAAAAGGAGAAGGAGAAAGAAAGGGAGAAAGACAAUGAGAAUCAGAGAGAGAUGGAAUUAAAAGAUCAGCAACAGAAAGAGAUGGAGAAAGAAAAGAUGAUUAUGAGAGAAAGGGAGGAAGCAGGAAGAAGAAAGGAGGGGCAG